GAAGUUUUAACAUGGAGGCUUAUGGACACAGACAUGUAGUGUAGCCACCCUCAAGUGGACGUUUGAGGAACUGCAGUUUUUUUGGGCACUUCCUUGUUGACUCCACUUCACAGUCAUGGAGGUUAUCGCUUGUGUUUGAUAUUUAAACUAACAGGAAAUGAAACCGGGCCGUUUUUUAAAAAACAACAACAACAUGAAUCCUUUAAUAUAAGUUAAACUAAACUGGUUUCUACUUGUUUAAUUAAUAAAAUUACUUCGGAGAACUUAAAUGUGACACAGCGGAUAUGAUAUAAAAACCGAAACUGGUUCUUGUAGGCUUAAAAAAAAAAAUCCUUCUUGAAAGAGUCGUAUAAACUUGUUUGAAGCCAGUUAUCUUCAGCCUUGAACUGCCGUGGAUUUUACCGGGUCCAACUUGUAAACGACACCGGUCCGUGAGCUCGGCAUCUUGAAGCUGAAGCUUUCAGCUGCGUUUUCUCCGGACGUCGGUGACGCUCUCGAACGCAACACAGCCAGUGUAGGCAGACGCUCGCUCCUCUGCGCAUGCGCCGUCUAAGAUUUCGGGGAUGGGUCUAUCGAUGGAAAUCAAGAUGGCGACUCUGGCGAAAGCGCCAAUAUAUUUACUGAAGUAGAUGUUUAAGAUUCACCGCGGCGGCGGCGGCUUUUCUCAAACCCCACCCCGGGGGUUCUGUGAAACAUGAAGACCGGGAGAAUGUUUUGGAAGAGGAACUGACCGGGGACUGAGACCGUAACGAAGUCAGCGAGAUGUGCGAGAGCUAUGCCCGCUCGCUGCUGCGUGUGUCGGUGGCGCAGAUCUGCCAGGCGCUGGGCUGGGAUGCGGUUCAGCUCACUGCGUGCGAUCUGCUGUCCGAUGUGCUGCAUCGGUACAUCCAGCAGCUGUCCAGGGCCUGCCAUCGGUACUCUGAGCUGUAUGGAAGAACAGAUCCGGUCCUGGAUGAUGUCAGCCAGGCCUUCAGGCUACUGGGAGUGAGUCUGAGUGAACUGGAGGACUACGUCCACAACCUGGAGCCUGUGGCCUUCACCCAUCAAACCCCGCUCUUUCCUGUUAGCAAAAACAAUGUCCUGCAGUUUCCCCAACCCGGAGGAGCCCGAGAUGCAGAGGAGAGGAAGGAUUACAUUCCAGAUUACAUGCCACCCCUGGUCUCCUUACAAGAAGAAGAGGAAGAGGAGGAGGUCCUUGCUGACAUGGGCACCUCAGCCGAAGCUAUGCAGGUGGCACUGGAAGAGGACGAUGAAGAAAUGGACGAAGAUGAGACGGUCAACGAUGAGAACCACCCACUCAAGAGGCACCUGGACAGUCCUGAUGCAGCUAUGGGCAUGAUGCCUACCUCUAAGAGACCACGCCUGUACCCUGGCCUCAGCCCAGAAUGGGGUGUUGAGCCCAGGGAGCCCCUUACCUCUCUCAACCCUCAACGUGUUCCCCCAGGCAUGCUGCCUACUCAUGAUAGUCUUGACCCCCUGUCACCUGAAACACCUUCUGGAGCCCUGCCUUCCUUCAGACCUUUGCCGGUAGUACCGAAACACUCUGAUCAAAAGGGCCUCACCACUCCAGGAAGGAAGCCCAAGGUUUCAUCCCCUGUCAGACAACGGACUAAGUCCCCUAAAGGGGUCAUGCCUGUUCCGGUGGGUGGUAGUCCCAUCCAUUCUCCGAAACCGUCUAAGGAAAGGAAGAAAUCCCCAGGAAGGACGAAGAGUCCUAAAAGCCCCAAAAGCCCAAAGGUGGGUUCAGCCAAACCAUCCCAACCCCAGAGCAAGACAGAUGCUGUGCAUAAGCUACCAUUGUCUGCGCUGAGUGAGAGGAUGGGCAAGGAGAACAUCCAUAUGCGUCUAAAUAUAGAGGACAGGGAGUUAGCUGAGGGCCCCUUCAAGAAACUAGAGCCUGAUAAUACAGCUAUUGAUGACUCCAUUGAUGCAGUGAUUGCCAGAGCGUGUGCUGAGCGGGAGCCCGAUCCUUUUGCUUUCUCCUCGGGCUCUGAUUCGGAUAGCAAUGGAUUCUCCAGCCCCAGGAGGCUGACCAUCAUGGAGCCAUCUACACCUAAACUUCUAAUUGGGGCCAGUAACUCUAUAAAAGACACAUCAACACCGAUACACCUCCAGGCACACCCAGGCCUAGGGAAUUGGACUAUGGAUGAUUCAAUCAAUGAGGUGAUUCGAAAGGUUAACCAGGGUCCAGGUUCGUCCGCACCACCGCCAAACCAAGCAGAAUAUGUGUCGUCAGGAUCGGCCUCACCACCUACUCCAGAACCUUUGCUCAAAGUGUUUGAGGAGAAGAACAAGAUUGUGUCACCAAUAGAUGUGAAGAAGAAGCUGAAGAAGGAGCUCAAAACUAAAAUGAAGAAGAAGGAGAAAGACAAGCCGAAAGACAAAGACCGGGAAAAGGAUAAGAGCAAGCUCAAAGAGAAGAACAAGGAUAAGAACAGGGAUAAAAACAAGGAGUUUUCCAAGGAUGGCAAAAUGCCCUGGAAGGAGUUUGGACUGAAGGAUGACGAGCUCUUCGUUCAGCGAGAUUUUACUCUGCCAGAGGGCUCCAUCAAGAUAAAAUCCAGAGAUGGAGACGGCCCUAAGAAGGAGAAGGAGAAACACAAAGACAAAAAGAAGGAUAAAGAAAAAAGUAAAAAGGACAAAGAUAAGAGGGACAAGGGUAAAGACCGGAGCAAGGAUGACAGGCAGAAACAAUCUGCAUUGGCUCCCUUCGCUCUGAGUGAAGUCCCGCCACUGUUCAGCCCCUCGGCCUGUUUGCGCAUCCCCUCCAUGCUUCCUCCUUUGGCUCCGAUCCUCCAGGAUAAGGACGUAAAGAGCAAGGAGAAGGACAAGAAGAAAGACAAGAAGGAGAAAAAGAAAAAGAAAGACAAGGAGAAGGACAAGGAGCGAGAGAAGGCCAAAGAGAAGGAGAGGGAGAAAGAAGAGAAGAGGAAAGAAAAGGAGAGGGAAAAGGAAAAACGAGAGAAGGAGAAAGAGAAAGAAAAAGAGAGAAUUCGAUUGGAGAAGGUGAAAGUAGACACUCCAGCAGCUUUACCGUCUCCAGUCAUCCCCAGACUGACGCUCAGAGUGGGAGCCGGCCAAGACAAAAUUGUUAUCAGCAAGGUGGUUCCAAACUCAGAGCCCAAGACGGCAACACCCAAGACCCCAACGGCCAAGUCUGGACCUGGGAAUCGUCCUCGGACGCCCCCUCCACCUCCAAUACUCGCCCCGAUCAUACCCGUUCAGCCCCCAAUUCCCUCUCCACUUCCACCACCUCCCGCCCCUUCGUCGUUGCUCUCGCCUGGACCUCUGCUCUCUCCCGCCGCAUCCCUCAAAACGCCAGUGCGCAGCGUGGUCACUGAAACUGUCAGUACCUACGUGAUCCGAGACGAAUGGGGAAACCAGAUCUGGAUUUGUCCAGGAUGCAACAAGCCUGAUGAUGGCAGUCCCAUGAUAGGAUGUGAUGACUGUGAUGAUUGGUAUCAUUGGCCUUGUGUUGGGAUCCUCACAGCCCCUCCCGAGGACCAGCAGUGGUUCUGUGUUAAAUGUUCCAGCAAGAAGAAGGACAAAAAACACAAGAAACGGAAACACAAACUGCAUUGAGACUAUGCAAAAAAGCACAUAUUUUGGACUUUUUUUGGACUUAAAGCCAUCACUGAACACUCGUGGCACUGCUGUAAAAUGAAAAAAAAAAAAAAAAAAUGGAAAAAAAAAAAGAAGUUUAAAAUUGUGGCUGAUACUAACAUCUGAAGAUCUUUUCUAAUGUCAGCCACGACGCUUUGUGAGUUGGUAAGGGAUAAAAAAAAAAGGCUUUAACCAGCACAUAUCCAGCCUUAGUUCUCAUGUGGGCUCUGUGGUUCCCCACCCCUUCCCCCCCUUUUCACCUGUAAAUCGUUUGCUUGUUGUUUUUUUGGACACCCGUUUGUAGGAGAUCAUGACAAUUAUGUUUGUAUAAGAAGACCAUGACAAUUUGCCUAAGAGGAGAGCUCAACAAUGCAGAACCGGAGAACAGCUAACAUCCAUCGUCUUUAUUUCUGUUUCCUUCUUGACUGACCUGUUAAGUCAAACAUUUCCCCAGUUUUUCUGCAGUAUCAUUCUGCAGUAUCAUCGAAAUGUCAUGUAUAUAAUGAUGACGGCAUCAGGUGUGUAUAAAUGUGUCAAUACCAACUUCCAAGCCAAGUGCAUUUUGUUCUUAGAAUUCUGACUUGUUAAAUCCAUUUGCAGAUAUUGGUUUUUAACUCGAAUGAUUUUCUGUAAUUUCUGUACAUUUUUUAAAUUUAAAGUUUGUAUUUUUAUUUUUUUUUUCUUCAUAUGGAUUUUGUCCUGGAGUUAUACUGUAGCUGUGCUUGUAAUGUAAUUCAUUUCGCUGAUAUUUCAAUAUUAAAGAUGAACAGUCUGUGUACUCACAGACUUUAAGACAUAAAGCUCAUUACCAUC